ACAACACGCAAUUCGCCUCAGCUGGACAGCUUGAAGUUGAUGAGGAAACUGAAUUCUUGCUUACCAGUUGUACAGUAUUGUCUAGGGCGUAUAGGCAGGUGCUCUAGCAAACCUACGCCCUCCGAGGCCGUUACCGAAAGCCCCUGGGGCUCAAUCAGCUACCUACCACGUUUGAGGUGCUGCCUUACCACUCCGGCUUUCCAAUUGCACAUCGCGUAUUCACCCGCCGUGAUGACAAAAGCCGAGGCGGGGUGUAAGGUUUGACCAAGACAGGGACAGGACGCCCUUUUACUAACUACUCCUCCUCUCCAACCUACCACAAUAGUACAUACUUCAGCCGUAAGCAGUGAGGACAUUGUCUGGCACUACAUAUAUAUACCUACGGUAGGUGCAUGAAGCUGACAAAAGGCCCAACGCAACGCAAGCUGUCCACCUGAUUUCUCCUUCAAGUUAUAUAUAAACUUGAAGGACUCAUCAUUACUAGUAACCCAAGAUUUUCACUCACUGCCUCUUACUUCACGCACCUCCUCAUUUUCACUCAGUCUCUCACCCAUUCUCCCUUUAAGCCCUCUUUUCCAUCCAUACACCACCAUGGCAGAGAAAGAUCAAAUCGAACCAUUCACCAUCUCAAUUCCCGACUCGGAGCUCGCCGACCUGCAAACCCGACUAUCUCUAGCACGGUUUCCAGACUCAAUCGACUCAGCAGGAUGGGACUACGGAGCGCCCCUGGACGACAUCCAACGCCUCACACACCACUGGCGCGACAAGUUCGACUGGCGACAAGCCGAGACGAAACUCAACGAAAUGCCACAAUACACAACAUCCAUCCAAGUGUCCUCCUCCGGCGAUCAUGUUCAUCCUCCAUUGAAAAUCCACUUUGUGCACCAACGCUCGAAAAACCCGCGUGCAAUUCCCUUACUUUUCGUGCACGGCUGGCCGGGCAGUUUCAUUGAAGCCAGCAAGAUCUGGAAGAAACUUACAGACCCCGACGCAGAAGGGUCUCCAUCAUUCCACUUCAUAGCCCCCUCCCUGCCCAACUUCGGAUUCAGCCAGGGCUCCCCCAAACCCAAGUUCGCACUGGCCCAAUACGCCGAAACAUGUCAUCUCCUGAUGCUCCGUUUGGGAUAUACCCAAUACGUAACACAAGGCGGCGACUGGGGAUUCUACAUCACACGCGCCAUGUCGCUUUUGUUUCCCAACCACUGCAAAGCCACACACGUGAAUAUGGACCAAGGUUCCGCCCCAUCGUGGACGACCCAUCCGAGACUCGCGCUCCAACAUGCCUUGACACCCUACACGGAGCGCGAGAGACAAGGACUCCGUCGUACCAAGUGGUUCAUGGACGAAGGGUCAGGUUACCGCACUUUACAGUCCACGAAACCCCAGACUCUCGGGUACGCGCUGGCCGAUAGUCCCGUGGGUUUACUCGCCUGGAUUUAUGAAAAGUUGCAUGAUUGGACUGAUGACUAUCUUUGGACGGACGACGAGGUGUGUACUUGGGUCGGGAUAUAUUGGUUCAGCACGAUGGGUCCGGCGGCCAGUUUGAGGAUUUAUUAUGAGUCUGCGCAUGAGUGGGAGCACGAAUGUGAGCACGCAGGCAGGGUGUUGAGGGAUCGCACUACCUCCUACAUCGGUGGCAAUGGUGUGAAACUGGGUCUCAGCCACUCUCCCAAAGAGUUGCGCGUCUUGCCGAAUACUUGGACCAGAGCACUAGGUGAUGUCGUGUUUGAGAGAACACAUGACUCGGGUGGCCAUUUUUUCGCGUAUGAGAAACCGGAGCAUCUUGUCGCUGAUGUGAGGGAUAUGUUUGGCAGGAAUGGUGGUGCAAGUGGAGUCGUGGAGGGGGCUACUGGCUAUUGAUUGAUUGAUUGAUUGAUUGAUUGAGUCUCCGACAGGACAAGUGAGUAUACUGUACAUAUGUACAGUAUGGUAUAUUGUACACUCGUUGCCUUACCUUGCUGACCGAACCGAGAAGAUGGGACUAUUAUAUGUAUCUCCAAUCUCUAAACUCCAACCUUUCUAUCCGACUCCCAACUUGUCCACAGAGGUGGAGGACACAAUAAUACCCAUCCAUACUGAAUAACCCAGAAUCGUUGGCCAACACUGCGUCUACAUCUCGUGCUUAAAAAAAAAGAAAUUGUCAAUAGUGUAUGGACAAUACAGGACAGUACAGAACGAGACCUGCACUGCAGCCACGGCGAGCACAGCACGGCACGGCACGGCACAGAACGGCACAGCACAUCACAAUAUCCUAGCAAUCAGUGUACAGUACGCAGUGGGAAGAGAAUGCAGAAAAUCAACUCCAACUCCAACCUGUUUCUACAAUUACGGAUCCAGAUCCAAAACCCAAACCCAACCAGUGAGUGACCUUUGAUAUAUCAUAUAUUGACACGAAUAUCAUAUCAUAUCAUGUAUUAUAUAUCUUGGCCGACUCUUAACGAAAUCUGAUAAAGAUAACCCGCUUGAACACCCAUAGACAAGGUACCCUAAGUUACACCACCCUAUUCCAGUAUGGUGUAAUCUCUCGAAUAGGUAGGACAAACAUAGCACAGACAUAAGGAAGAA